AUGCCAACCCAAAAUGACAUCGCCAAAACCCUCCGCACCCUCCACCAACCCGGCGAGCCCCUCAUCCUAACAAGCGUCUAUGAUGCUGCAACAGCCUCCACUCUCGCCGCGCUGCCAACCGCACCAGCCAUCGUCACAGCCUCCUACGCGAUCGCGGCAACGAUCGGCCCGCCAUCGCUAGUGCCGCGCCAUCAACCCAAACCACUAACCGUGGAUUUACAAGAUGGUUAUGGUGAUGAGGCUGAUCUAUCAGAUACUAUUAAGCAGGUCAUCACACUAGGCGCUGUCGGGUAUAAUAUUGAAGAUAUGGACGCAAAGGGCGCGUUGCGGUCGGUGGCUGAGGCAACGGCCCGGGUUGCGGUUGUUGUCCGGCGGCUGAGGCCGGCGUUCCAGACUUUGUGA